AUGCUGAAGCCCGGCGACCCCGGCGGAUCCGCGUUCCUGAAGGUGGAUCCCGCCUAUCUGCAGCACUGGCAGCAGCUUUUCCCGCAGAGCAGCCAGCUCAAGAGCAGCGGGGCCCUCGUUCAGCUCCAGCAGCCCGAGAGAGCCGAGCCCUCGGCUGACAGCCUCCGCCAGCGCCCGGCCUCCCUCUCCUCCGCCUCCUCUUCUUCUGCCUCGUCCACUCCGUCUUCCUCCUCCACCUCCUCCUGUGUCGCCGCGGCGGCCGCUUCCCUGGCCGGCCUGACCUCGCUGCCUGUAACCCAGCUGCCGGUCUUCGGGCCCCUGCAGAGCUCCGAGCCCCCGGUCGGGGGAGCGCCCGCUCCCCUACAGAGCAAGGACGCGUGCGGGGCCGGCAGCGGCGGCAGCAAAUGCGGCGAGCGCGCUGCCACCCUGUUCCGGUGCACGGCCGAGGAGCUGGACUACUACCUGUACGGGCAGCAGCGCAUGGACAUCAUCCCCUUGAACCAGCACACCAGUGACCCCAACAACCGAUGUGACAUGUGUGCUGAUAACCGCAACGGCGAGUGCCCCAUGCAUGGGCCUCUCCACUCCCUGCGGCGCCUGGUGGGCACCAGCAGUGCUGCUGCAGCAGCCCCUCCACCAGAGAUCCCAGAGUGGCUCCGGGACCUGCCCCGGGAGGUGUGCCUGUGCACCAGCACUGUGCCUGGCCUGGCCUAUGGCAUCUGUGCGGCUCAGCGGAUCCAGCAAGGCACCUGGAUUGGGCCCUUCCAGGGAGUCCUGCUCUUGCCAGAGAAGAUUCAAGCAGGAGCCAUCAGGAACACUCAGCAUCUCUGGGAAAUAUAUGAUCAAGAUGGGACACUGCAGCACUUUAUUGAUGGUGGGGAACCCAGUAAGUCAAGCUGGAUGAGGUAUAUCCGAUGUGCAAGGCACUGCGGGGAACAGAACUUAACAGUGGUUCAGUAUAGGUCAAAUAUAUUCUACCGGGCUUGCAUAGAUAUUCCUAGAGGCACUGAGCUGUUGGUCUGGUACAAUGACAGUUACACAUCUUUCUUUGGAAUCCCUCUCCAGUGCAUUGCACAAGACGAAAAUUUGAAUGUCCCUUCGACUGUAAUGGAGGCCAUGUCCAGACAAGACACCCUACAGCCAUUUAAUAAAAGUAACAAACAAUCCCCUGCCACUCCACAGCGAUCCAUAGUAUUUCCACAGACUCCGUGUAGCAGAAAUUUUUCUCUCCUGGAUAAGUCUGGGUCCAUCGAGUCAGGAUUUAACCAGAUCAGUGUCAAAAACCAACGAGUUCUUGCAAGCCCAACUUCAACAAGCCAACUAAAUUCUGAGUUCAGUGACUGGCAUCUUUGGAAAUGUGGGCAAUGCUUUAAGACUUUCACCCAGCGGAUCCUCUUACAGAUGCAUGUGUGUACGCAGAACCCUGACAGGCCCUACCAGUGUGGUCACUGCUCCCAGUCUUUCUCCCAACCUUCAGAGCUGAGGAACCAUGUAGUUACGCACUCCAGUGACAGGCCUUUCAAGUGUGGCUACUGUGGUCGUGCUUUUGCUGGUGCCACAACACUCAACAAUCACAUCCGGACACACACGGGGGAAAAGCCCUUCAAGUGCGAGAGGUGUGAGAGGAGCUUCACACAAGCCACCCAGCUGAGUCGACACCAGAGGAUGCCCAAUGAGUGCAAGCCAAUAACAGACAGCACAGAAUCGAUUGAAGUGGAUUAA